AACUUUAAUCAACAAUGGCUUAUAGAUUAAUUAAAAAAUAUCCUCGAUCCAUUUACAAAGGAAACAAAGAAGUUAAGCAGCACUUUAAUUAUUUACUUGUAAUUGAUUUCGAAAGCACAUGUAAGAAAUAUGAAAAAAUGGAACCUCAAGAAAUUAUAGAAUUUCCUUGUGCAGCGGUGUCGACGAAAACCUGGAAUACAGAAAAUGUUUUCCAUGAAUAUAUUAAGCCAAAAGUUCAUCCAGUGCUUACUUCAUUUUGCACAGAUCUUACUGGGAUCAUACAAGAUAUGGUAGAAAAUCAGCCUCAUUUUCCAGAAGUGUUCGACAAGUUUUGCAAAUGGUUAGAAGAACACAAUUAUUUUAAAGAAGGAAACGAUUGUGCGUUUGUAACCUGUGGUGAUUGGGACUUGAAAUCCAUGUUACCUGCACAAUGUGAACUAGACAAUAUACCUUUACCCGAACACUUUCAAAAGUGGAUAAAUAUAAAGGAUACCUUUUGUGAAGCAACUCAGUAUUAUCCACGUAGUUUGAAAGACAUGCUUACAUUUCUUAAAAUUCCUUUACAUGGAAGACUGCACUGUGGCAUAAAUGAUGUAGAAAAUAUAGUUAAGAUAAUUCAAACUCUUCAAUCACAACAUAACACGGAGUUCAAAAUAAAUACUGCACCUAAUCUUCUAAAGAAAAAAAUAGUUAAUGUCUAACUGUAACAAAAAAAAGAACAUGUUUAUUGAAAACUAAUUUAUUGGUAAU